AAAUUAGUUUCGAUUGUCCGUAAAGUUCAGACAUGCAAGGUGUUGCAGCAUCUGUUACUGAUACUCUUGGAAAUCUGAAACCAUGGCUUCAGAAAGUAACAGCUCAAUCCAAACCCACUGAUGCUCGAUACUUCACGACAACGAAAAAAGGUGAAAUUUUCGAGCUAAAAGCUGAAUUGAAUAGUGAGCGAAGAGAAAAAAAGAAGGAGGCUGUUAAAAAGGUCAUAGCCAGUAUGACUGUAGGUAAAGAUGUUAGUGCUUUGUUUCCAGAUGUAAUCAACUGUAUGCAAACAGACAAUUUGGAACUAAAAAAGCUAGUAUACCUGUAUCUUAUGAAUUAUGCCAAAACACAGCCAGAUACUGCAAUAAUGGCUGUGAAUACCUUUGUAAAAGAUUGCGAUGAUCCCAAUCCACUUAUCAGAGCGCUUGCUGUGAGAACAAUGGGCUGCAUACGUGUGGAGAAAAUAACCGCCUAUCUCUGUGACCCACUCCGUAAAUGUCUCAAAGACGAAGAUCCGUAUGUCCGCAAGACAGCUGCAGUUUGUGUAGCAAAGCUGCAUGAUAUAGAUGCUCAGUUAGUGGAAGAUAGUGGAUUUUUAGAACUUUUGAGGGAUUUGUUGUGUGACAGUAACCCCAUGGUAGUCGCUAAUGCUGUCGCAUCAAUAACUGAAAUAUUGGAGAUGACAAAUUCUGAUUCUGCGAGGUCCCUACUCGCCUUCGACGGCCCAGUAAUUAACAAACUCCUAACAGCUCUUAAUGAAUGCACUGAGUGGGGGCAAGUUUUUAUACUUGAUGCGAUUGCAGAUUAUACACCUGGCGAUGAUCGUGAGGCACAAAGUAUCAUCGAACGCGUAUCGCCGAGACUAGCACACGCAAACGCUGCUGUCGUUCUAUCAACUGUUAAAGUCAUUAUGAAAAUGUUGGAAAUGGUUGAUCCUGCUUCCGAAACUGCAUCGACUGUGAUUAGAAAGUUGGCGCCCCCACUAGUAACAUUACUUUCUGCGGAACCGGAAAUUCAGUAUGUCGCUCUGCGCAAUAUUAACUUAAUUGUUCAAAAGCGUAGAGAUAUUUUAAAGCAGGAGAUAAAAGUAUUUUUUGUCAAGUAUAAUGACCCGAUCUAUGUGAAACUUGAGAAACUAGAUAUAAUGAUACGUCUCAUUAACCAGUCUAACAUUGGUCAGGUGCUUGCUGAACUGAAGGAAUACGCAAAAGAAGUUGACGUGGAUUUUGUCCGAAAAGCUGUUCGUGCAAUAGGGAGAUGUGCUAUCAAGAUUGAAUCUGCUGCGGAGCGUUGUGUGUCUGCCUUAAUUGAUCUUAUCCAAACAAAAGUCAAUUAUGUCGUUCAGGAAGCAGUUGUAGUGAUCAAGGACAUAUUUAGGAAGUAUCCAAAUAAAUAUGAGAGUAUCAUUUCCAUCCUGUGCGAGAAUCUUGAUACACUAGAUGAGCCUGAAGCACGUGGGUCAAUGAUUUGGAUCAUUGGGGAAUAUGCUGAAAGAAUUGAUAACGCUGAUGAACUACUUGAAUCUUUUCUAGACGGUUUUCAGGAUGAAAACACUCAAGUGCAGUUACAGCUGUUAACUGCAAUAGUAAAGCUAUUUCUUAAAAGGCCGUCUGAUACACAGGAACUUGUCCAAACUGUUCUUGGUUUGGCUACACAAGAGUCUGAUAAUCCAGAUCUUCGUGAUAGAGGUUAUAUCUAUUGGCGUUUAUUAUCUACAGACCCGGCAGCUGCUAAAGAAGUUGUACUGGCAGAAAAACCACUUAUUUCAGAGGAGACAGAUAUGCUUGAGCCAACGUUAUUGGAUGAACUCAUUUGUCACUUAGCAAGCCUAGCUAGUGUUUAUCACCGGCCACCAAGUUCUUUUGUCGAAGGUAGGCAUGUAGCUCGGCGUCAACUUCCAGCACGCGUAAAUGGGGUCUCCUCUGUGUCUGGAGCAAAUUAUGGUGAUUCACAACAAGCAGAUGUUCCAGCUCCUACAGUUAUCCCAACUCAGGAAACAUUAAUUGGGGACCUAUUAGAUAUUGAUCUUGGAAGUGGACCAUCUACAUAUGACUCAACGAUGCAUCAGUUUUCUCGUCCUCCUGUACCAAAUACUGGAUAUAGUUCAGCGACCCCUGAUCUUUUAGGUGAUGGCUUAGACGAUCUCUUGCCAGGUGUUACUAAAACUCAUCCAAGUGAAGAACAGAAGACUCAGUCUGUAGGAGCAUCUUCCUCGGCUGCUGACGUGUUGGCAGAUAUUUUUGGAGGAAUCAAAAUGUCUGAUCUUUCUGGUGAUGCUAGCGCAUUUGUGCCACCUGCAACUGUUUUACUGGAAGCUGCUCGUGGUAAAGGUCUCGAAAUCCGUGGUACAUUUGCUCGUAAGGCAGCACAGAUUUUUAUGGAGCUGACAUUGACUAAUAAUGCACUAACUCCCAUGUCUGGAUUCGCUAUACAAUUUAACAAAAGUAGCUUUGGCUUAGUUCCAACCCAAGCACUAAAUGUCCCUACUCCUUUGAUGCCUCGUCAAUCUGUUAAUGUAUCCCUUCCGUUAGCGACUACUGGUCCUGUAAUGAAGAUGGUUCCACUUAUGAAUCUACAGAUUGCUGUCAAGAAUAAUAUUGACGUAUUUUACUUUGCUACUUUGGUCCCAAUGCAUAUUUUGUUUGUCGAAGAUGGAGAAAUGGAUAAACGAGUUUUCCUAGCUACUUGGAAGGAUAUACCUAGUCAAAAUGAACAACAGUUCACUUUGAGUCCAAAAAAUCUCACUGCUGAUGCUUGUAGCAAUAAAUUACGUCAAAACAAUGUAUUCACUGUCGCUAAACGUAAUUUGGACGGUCAAGAUAUGCUUUACCAAUCUAUGAAGCUUACAAAUGGUAUUUGGGUAUUAGCUGAAUUAAAAAUUCAACCGGACAAUCCGUCUUUUAUUGUAAGAUUACUUACAUCAUUACUGUAUGGUAUUAUUUAUGUCUAUCCGUUUUUUUACUAUUUCCGUUAAAUUUAUUAAUGAAUAAUAGAUUAUUGAUAAAAAAAGGAAAUAUUAAGUAUCCUUUAAGCAUAUUUGAAUUGUAACUAUCAGUGGAAUAUAGAAUGAACCUUUUUGCAAUUCGUAAUGUACCUACAUCCCUUGUGUUGUUUAUUCAUCGAACUGCUGAGCCCACUUAUCCACUAACAGGCAUAAAUGGAUUUGUAGUUUCCUAUUGUGUUGAUAUUCAGAAAUCCAAUUGAUCGGUUCACGAAUUUCAAAUAAAAAGAAAUUCUUAGAUGCAUAUAUGAUUUCAAUUUCAGCCAAACUGUGAUCAUUAGCGACAGGCUUCAAAAGAGGAAAAAUUACUCAUAAGCAACUUAUAAAUGAUUUCUGUUUGCAAAUCAUUUCCUCGUAACGAUCUUACUAAGAAUUUAUUUUAGACUAGAUGCAUUUUUACUAUAACAGUAUCCAUCAAUUCAUUGAAACAUUCUAUUUUAAUCCACUACCGCAAAGGUACUUCACUAUAGGUGCGCCUGAUUUUACUAUCACGAUAUAGGUAGAUCGAUUGUAUGCAAUAUUCAUUUUCCAAAAAAAGCACUUGCGUACAGUUUCAUUAAAUCAUUAUUUCAUUUCGCCCUUCAUUACGUAGGCGAAAUUCUAUUUUUGAAUUUCCCUGUUGGAAAAUUUUGUAAGAUUACAAUCCGCUUUUUUGAAAAUGAAACACUAACCUAUCAUUUUAACAAAUUAUAGUUAAUUUCCAAAUAUUAUUCUAUCCAGUCAGUUGUAUUGUAUAACUUUACUGGUCACUAUGAUACAGAGGAUCCAUCUAAAGGAGUUGGAAAACCUCAAUUCCAAACCAAUCGUGCACAUAGGCUCUAGGAUCCUAAGGGGACAAAAGGCGUAUGAUCCUAUUGUUGGUCACCUCCUACCAUGGGACUGCAUCUCCUCACGUUGCUCCAUUGCCUUGUGGGUCAGACCUCAGGUCAAAGGCUGCAAGUGUGGACCCCUAAGAAAAACCCCUGUCUAGGUUUGGGCACCCGUGCAGUAUCACAGCCCUCACACAAAGCAUUAAUAACUGCUACUGUUCUCAUUGUUAUUGUGUGGCUUGUAUGUAUUUGGUGCCCCCUCGUACUAAUGUUUAUGUGUUCAAAUAAUAAUAAUAAGGCAGUGAUUUAGUUAUUUCACAAAUGUGGUUAGCCUAAUUCCAUUGACAAUGUUUCCAAUAUGUCAUGGGACUUCAUCACAUUCAACUAUCAUUGAUAAUUGUAACUGGAUUGUAUAUGAACGCUUUCAUCUGUGAUUUUACAAAAUACUCAUUGGUUAUUUUCAAUUAAUUAUUUCCUCAUUUUUUCCUCGCUUAUUCUUCCAGUUAUCUUUAAAAUCACGUACAAUGGAUGUACAUCCUGGUGUUCAAUUGGCAUUCGAUGAAAUUUUAAAUCAUUGAUUAUUGUUUAUUCUCUUAUAAAUAGUUACUAUAACUAAUUAGUUUGAUCAUUUCUUCCCUGUACUAUGUAACACUAACUUCAAUCGUUAACUAUGGUGCUUUUUUUAAAAAAAAUGCGGUUUACACACAGAUCUAAAUUUGUUCUGUUUUAACAUCCAGGAUUUAAAAAGAAAGUACCUGUGGUUUUAUUGUGUGUGUGUUGUUAUUUCAUUUUACCAUUUGUUGUUGAUUACUUUUAUUUAUUUAUUUCAUUCCAUUUAUCUUUUGCAUAGCUAUAUCCAUACUUACUAUGUGAUUCCAACUUGAUUAUCAUAUCACAAUUGUUGUGUACUGUUUAUCAUUUACUGCUCAUAUUCAAAUUGAUUUAAAUAAAUAUGUUUAAAUUGUUGUUAUUCAUGAACAGCACCAC